UGUGUGUGUCAAUAGUCGACAGUCUUAUUGCUGUAGUAGACAUCUUUCCGUGUGUGAGAGUGCGUGUGAGUGCGUGUAGUGGUGAUGGUGAUGAUGAUGAGGUAGAACAUAUCGGACAUGAAGGUAACAUAUCUCAGCGCCUCGCAACAUCUCGCUACAUCCAAAAGAUAGUUGAAAUUAAACGUAUUUUUAAGGAUAUUUUAUGGAGCGCGCUAAUAUACAUACGAGUACUAACACAAGAAGCACUCCUAGAAAUCCCAGCUAGAUUAUCGCAGUUGCCUUCGAAAAAACAGUGUUGGUGAGAGUGCAAAGCGUGAUCACGGGCCAUAGUGGUAGUAGUAGUAGUGGUGGUGGUGGUGGUGGUGGCAGGAUGGGGUGCCGCUACUCUAAGGCCACCGGAUGUUACUCCCUGACGUGCUGCUUCUGCGUGGAUGCUGACGAGGCGUGUUGGUGGAUCGGUGCUGUGGGUGUGGUGUGGGGCGCCGUGGCUGUCUUACUGGACUUCAUAUCAGCUCACCUUCCGGAACAGCCCUGCAAAGGCUGCCUUGACUAUACCGUCAACACUAGGUUGAGUCUGGCGUCGGGCAGCAUCAGCGCCGCACAGUGGGUGGCGAGCAUUCUGCUGCUACACGGAGCGAGGAAGGAAAACAAAUGGCUGCUGGUGCCGUGGCUGGCGUGCAGCGUGGUGAGCCUGGCCAUGUUGGUGGCGUGGGUGGCGGUCACGUUGCCCCGCACGCCCUCCCUGCGCAGCAUGGUUUCCCUCGUCCAGCUGGCGUUGGGCAUUCACUUCUUCAUAGUGGUCACGACGCACUACAGACGGCUGGCCCUGAAAUUCGUGCCGCCCGAGGAUCCGCCCUUAGUCGUGCCCCCAAAUACACCAGCUAAGCGACACAAGCUAAGACGGCGGCGGCUGGAUCCAGGCUGCCAACCCGCCAUCAGGGUAUUGUUGGGGGCUGCCCUCAGACUGCGCGGCGAUCUCCAGAGAGGCGCGCCGCAAGACGAAGAGGACGAGAGCGAGUACGAAGAAGAGGACGGAAUAGAGAUGCGUGUUAUUGGGGCAAGUGAUGUACGUGAGGCAAGGGAUGAAGAAGAAAGCUUUAGAAGACGCAGACGAACGAUGGUGCAUAAAGGAGGGAUAGCUGAAGGCGACGAGACGGGAAUGGAGGAGCGAGUCAUCAUAGUGCACACUUCGGAGCGUCAGGCACGGGGCAGGCUGGAGGAGCUCAGCACACCACACCGAGGCGAGGAUGAGGCAGCGGGUAUGGGUGUGGGUGUGAGUGAGAGUGUGGGUGUGGGAGUCGGAGUGGGAGUGGGAGUGGGUGUGGGUGCGAGUGGAGGGUGGGAUGAGACGACAUCAGAUGGCCUCGACGACACUGUGGCGGUCCCUUCAUUCCCACCUCACCCUGACCAUACACAGUGACUCUCCGUUCUCUUCGAGCCCACAGACUGAGCUCUCCGAUUUCACGACUACAGACAGAGCUCCUUUACGCUCACACAGAAUGAGUCCCUGCGGCGCCCCUCCUCUAGUACAUUUUCUUUUUUUAACGUAAAAUGUGCUCUGGCCAAGGGUAACGAAGAGUCUCAUGUAAGGACGCCGUAGAAGUGGAAAGAGACACAGAAUAACAUGGAAAGAGAGGAGGUGUAGAUGUGGAGGGACGAUGUUAAACAAGAGAAGAAUUUGAAGAGGCGAGGUGCGAACACAAGCACAGUCACAGAGAAACCAUUACGUGCACAAACUUUCUGAGGGUUAAGGCCAGCGAGGGCAUGAAUACCGUCACUAAGAAGAACACUAAUAGAAAGGAAUAUUAAUUAGUCUGUAUAACUGUGUGAACUGAAAUAAUAAAGUGAAGUUCUAUG